UCCGUCUGUUUUCAGUAGUCGGAGAGAGAGGAAGAAAAAUGGCGGCUGCGACCGAUCAGAAGCGGGACGCAAGCCAUUCGUUUUGAGCUUUCUCACGUAAACCGAGGCCGGUGCUUUACGGGACUACUUCUUUGGAAUCUACGCAAGUCAAGCUUUCUGGCGGUACCCGUUUUUCUGGGUUCUGUGAAGGCUAAAUAAACGCAGAAAUUGAAAUUGAAAAUAAUAGAUUUUAUAUAUAAUGAGGGGGAAAAGAGGCAGGCCGCCCAAAACCCUGCUGAUGCAGGAGCCUUCAUCCGAGCCGGAGCGUGGCUUGAGACCCAGGAGAGAGUUGAGGGCAAAGGGGAGAGGUAGUACCGAUGUCGAUUUUGAGAGUCCCAAGAGGGGAAAUAACUCUUCAUCGAGGGGCAGGAGAAAAGUGGGAUCAUCCACGGUAUCUCGCGGUAGGGGAAGAGGCAGGGGGGGUGGUGGUGGCAGAGGUACUAGGGGCAGACGGUCAAUCGCUAGAUCUGUGGUUUAUGAUGAUCAUGAAAGUGAUGAAGAUGAUGAUGCUGUGAGUUUGAGAUCUGAGGAGGACGAGUUGGUAGAGGAAGAGACGAUAACGGACGAGGAAGAAGAGGCCCUGAACGAGGAGUCAGACCCGCUUGAGGAAAUACUCGAGGAGGAGGAUGAUGAUGCCAGCUACUGUACUGAGAGCAGCUUUCGGAGUCAGAGCACUCAUGGCAGCACUCCGGGGCGGAAGAUGACGCGGGUGCAUUGCCCUCGCUCGCCAAUCUUUGAGGAAAAGGAGAUCCCUCCUCUGGAGUUGCCCAGAACCUCUGAGGACCUCAUGGUGCCCAGCGAGGAACUGCUCAAUGUGUCCUCCAUCUACGAGGUGCUGCGCAACUUCAGCACGGUACUGCGGCUCUCUCCCUUCCGCUUCGAGGACUUCUGUGCUGCGCUGGUAGGCCAGGAGCAGUGCACGCUGAUGGCAGAGACCCACACGGCCCUGCUGAAGGCCAUCCUGCGUGAGGAGGACACAUCCAACACCACGUUCGGUCCUGCCGACCUCAAGGACAGCGUCAACUCCACCCUCUACUUCAUUGACGGCAUGACGUGGCCCGAGGUGGUGCGUGCCUACUGCGAGAGCGACCAGGAGUACCACCAUGUCCUGCCCUACCAGGAGGUGGAGGACUACCCCUACGGCCCGCUGGACAGUAAGAUCAAGGUGCUGCAGUUCUUGGUGGAUCAGUUCCUCACCACCAACAUCGCCCGCGAGGAGUUGAUGUCAGAGGGGGUGGUGCAGUAUGAUGACCACUGCAGGGUGUGCCACAGGUUGGGGGACCUGCUGUGCUGUGAGACCUGCUCUGCGGUCUACCACCUGGAGUGUGUGAAGCCGCCACUGGUAGAGGUGCCGGAGGACGAAUGGCAGUGUGAGAUCUGUGUGGCACACAAGGUGCCCGGAGUCACAGACUGUGUGACAGAGAUGCAAAAGAGCAAACCCUACAUCCGCCAGGAGCCCAUCGGCUACGACCGCCAACGGAGGCAAUACUGGUUCCUAAACCGAAGGAUCAUUGUUGAGGAGGACGGGGAGCAUGAGAAGAAGAAGAUCUGGUACUACAGCACAAAGGUCCAGCUGGGAGAGCUGAUAGAGUGUCUGGACAAGGAGUACUGGGAGAACGACCUGUGUGCCGUCCUCGAGGAAAUGAGAGAGGAGGUGCACACUCACAUGGACAUCACUGAGGACCUCACCAACAAGGCCCGCGGCAACAACAAGGCCUUCCUCACGGCAGCCAACGAUGAGAUCCUGGAGCGUGUGCAGGCCAGGCAGGAGCAGCGGGCAGCGGAGCAGGCAGAGAAAGCCAGUCAGGUAGCAGGUGACAACAACCCCGCUAUAGACACCACCAAGACAGAGGAAGAGACCCCCACACACUGCUCUCCACGGCCAGACAACAGAGAGCUCCAAGACCCCGAGUCUGAAGAGGAGGCAAGCUCACAAGCAACUGCAGCUCUACCUGCUGGAGAAGAGAACACCACUGUCCAACCUGAGCCCCCUAAGCCUGGCUCAUCCAUCCAGGACGGCACGCUUCCUAAACCUGAACCCCCUAAGCCUGGCUCGUCCACCCAGGACGGCACGCUUCCUAAACCUGAACCCCCUAAGCCUGCUGAGGUGCCCUGCUCUGCCCCCUCUGAGAGUGGGGACGCCUCCAUGGAGCCUGAGCAGGAGAGGCCAGAUGAUAAGCCUGUAGACUCAGAGUCCCAUGGAGAGGAGGACCCCUCUGCCCAGUGCCAGCCUACUCCACCACCACCACACCCUGGUGACGAGAACAGCAACAGCAGCCACGUCUCAGCGCCUGGGGUCCUCAGGAGGCCUGAACAGCCAAACCUCGCUGACAGGUCCUCUCAGUCCUCAAUCACCAGCCAGGAUGACACGGGUGAAGGCAAGGAGAGUGUGAAUGGUGAGGGGUCAGGACGGACUAACAAUCGCAUUGUGACUCGUCUGCGUAACCCGGACAGCAAGCUGAGCCAGCAGAAGACCCAGGCAGAUGGCAGCCCUACACCCAGGGACAGCAAGGAGACAUCUCCUCCCAGCUCUGAGAGUGAAGUGGCUCGUCAGGGUACUGUGAGGAAAGAAUUGACGGUGAAGGGCAACCUGAACAACUUCUUCAAGCUGGGCCAGGAGGGCAAGUUCCGCGUCUACCACAACCAGUUCAGCACCAACACACUGGGCCUCAACAAGCACCAGCAUCGCGAGGACCACGACAAGCGCCGCCACCUCUCCCAUAAGUUCAGCCUGACCCCCGCCGGGGAUUUCAAGUGGAACGGCUCCAUCCACGGCUCCAAGGUGCUGACCAUCUCCACCCUGCGGCUCACAAUCAUCCAGCUGGAGACCAAUGUCCCCGCCCCCUUCCUGCACCCCAACUGGGCCUCGCACAGGACAAACUGGAUUAAAGCGGUGCAGAUGUGCAGUAAGGCUCGGGAGUUUGCCUUGGCGCUGGCCAUCAUGGAGUGUGCUAUCAAACCAGUGGUCAUGCUGCCUGUCUGGAAAGAUGCACUUGGACACACCAGGCUCCAUCGCAUGACCUCCAUGGAGCGGGAGGAGAAAGAGAAGGUGAAAAAGAGAGAGAAAAAACUGGAGGAUGAGGAGACUAUGCAGCAGGCCACCUGGGUGAAGUACACCAUCCCCAUCAAACACCAGGUGUGGAAGCAGAAGGGGGAGGAGUACAGAGUAACGGGGUACGGGGGCUGGAGUUGGGUCAGUAAGACUCACGUCCAUCGCUUUGUUCCCAGGCUACCAGGGAACACCAACGUCAACUACCGCAAAGCACUCGAAGCAGCUAAAACUGGCAAAGAAAAUGCAAUGUCCGGCCCGAACAAAUGGAAACGGUUGCCAAAAGCACCAACAAGCUCAGAAACCCAGGGAAAAGAAGAGUCUACUCCAAUUACUGAAGAAAAAGACAAGGAGCAAACCGCCACUGUGGAGUCAUCUGGGAGCACUUCACCAGGAGAGGGGCAGACUCUGAAAGAGGAGGAGGAGAAGGAAGAUAACAAUAUCACAGAGAAGGUGGAGGAAAAAAAAGUUGAUCAGGUGGAGGAGGAGACUGAGGACAAGAUGGAUGUUGACCCCAGUCCACCAGACACCUGUCUCAGUGAGGAAAAAGGUAUAGUGGACAGCAAAGACCCCUCGUCACCGACUGACCCUGCUGUGAAGGUGGAGCCCAGGGAUGGAGAAGAACCUAAGCAGGAGGACUCUGAGGCCAAGCCACCUGUCCGCCCCUUCAACUGGGAUGUGGUGAACGUCAGUGAGGGCUUCCAGCUCCGUUCGGCCUACAAGAAGAAGGUGAAGACGUCCAAGCUCGACGGGCUGCUGGAACGCAGAGUGAAGCAGUUCACCCUGGAGGAGAAGCAGAGGCUGGAGCGGCUCAAACAGCAGUCAGCCUUGGCCAAACACACAAUCUCCAAAGAGAAAGUUAAUACAGGGACUACCACCACCGUCAAGACUGAAGCUUCUACAGCAGACAAGAAGCAGGACAAUUUAGCAGUGACACCGUGCACUAGUCUGAAAGCUGAGGGGCAAGCAGACUCGGUAGUUAAAGACUCAAUCGUUAAAAGGCUCGACUUUGACCAGGAGCAGCCAGUGAAAUCCCAACCCUCAGGAGAGACAGAUAACCUGGACGUCAGAUUAGGCUCCACCUGUAAGCCCCAGGCAGCAGGAGCCACAGGCCCCAACCUCAACACCAUAGGGUUGGCCAACCAUGAGAGCAGUGUUCAGGGCAAUGGUAGGGAUUCAUUAUCUCAAACAGAGCUGAAUGGAGGCUUCCAGAAAACCAUAGACCUCAACAGCAAAGUCAAUUCGACAUCCCUAGAACUGGCUUUAGGUGCAGCCAAACCUCCCAAAGCAGAGGUGACGAUAGCAGGAGAAAACGGUAAGAAGCAUGGUUAUGAGGAGACAGAGCAAGGCAAUGGACAGAGGGAGACAGAAAGCAUGGAGGUAGACCAAAGCAAACCACAUCAAGUGCAGGUGAACGGGAAAGACGCUGUUGACAACAAGGCUCCUGUAGACUCAAAGAUGCACUUAGACCUGGCCAACAAAGUGGAUACCAAGGCCAUGCUCCAGACGUUAGAGGGUGAGAUCAAAGCGCUGCCGGUGAAGGAGCCUGUAAAGUCCAUUAUGAACGGUACUCUCUCUCAGGACGGGUUAAAGGUCAACAGCACUGUGUUAGCCACCAGCCCAGCCUUGGCGGACGUAGAGAGGAAAGUUGUGGUGUCCGAGCCUGACUACCUGCCUCCUCAGAAGGUUGCCAGACUGGAGAAUAAUGGCGAAAGGGUGGCAGACUCUGUCACCUCGUCAUUGUUAGGGCUGUCCACUGGUGUUCCCAAGGUAAGCAACAGUACCAAGUCUGAGCCAAUGGAGAUUGGGCAGACGGCAUCCAAUAAGAUCACCCCGUUUCCUAUCCCCACUGCAGAGGAGUCCAGCUUGAGUAACAACACCACAGAGAGUAGCAGUAGUGGGGCGCUGAAGACCGUCACCACAACCACUACUACCACCGUGUCGACAGAGUCUCGCACGGUGCAGAUAGCCGAGGUCUCCAGCAGCAGUAAGCCUGCAGUGACGCCUGCUGCAGAGAGCAGUGCUGUGUCCACCCUCACCACCAUGACCAAGACCACUGUCACCAGGGUCAGCUCCCCGACCCUCGGGGCCACCGUCUCCGAGGAGACCAAGACUGUUGUCACGGCAACGUUGACAGAUGCCAAAUCUGGCCCCUCAGGCACUUCGGUCACCUCCAUGACGGUCAGUAAGGAGUACUCCACCAGAGAUCGUGUCCGGCUGCUCAAGUUCUCCCGCUCCAUGAAGACCCGCUCUGGCACGGCCCUCCCCUCCUACCGCAAGUUUGUCACUAAGAGUAGCAAGAAGAGCAUCUUUGUACUGCCUAAUGAUGACCUGAAGAAGCUGGCGAGGAGAGGGGGCAUCAGAGAGGUGCCCAUCUUCAACUACAACGCCAAGCCAGCCCUGGACAUCUGGCCCUAUCCCUCCCCCAGACCCACCUUUGGAAUCACGUGGAGAUACCGUCUCCAGACUGUAAAGUCUCUGGCGGGGGUCAGUCUGAUGCUGCGGCUGCUCUGGGCCUGCCUGAGGUGGGAUGACAUGGCCGUCAAGCCCUCUCCUGCUGUAGGAACCACCCGCACAGAAUCCUCGGAAACUGCGAUCACCACAACGGAGAUCAUCAAGCGGCGAGAUGUGGGGCCGCACGGCAUCCGUUCGGAAUACUGCAUCAGGAAGAUAAUCUGCCCCAUUGGCGUUACCGAAGCUCCCAAAGAAACACCCACGCCCCAGAGGAAAGGCCUGCGCUCCAGCGCUCUGAGGCCAAAGAAGCCUGAGCCGGCCAAGCAGACUGGGCCCAUCGUCUUAGAGACGUGGGUGGCCGAGGAGGAGCUGGAGAUCUGGGAGAUCAGAGCCUUUUCAGAAAGGGUUGAGAGGGAGAAGGCCCAGGCUGCAGACCAGGCAAAGGUUAGUAGAACGCUGAAGACAGCAGAGGAGGCCAAGGCCCAAUUGGAGGCUCAGCUAAAGCACCAGAGAUUGGCUGCUCAGCAGAAACGGUUGGAGCAACAGAAGCCUGGUGCCACCACCUCCACCCCCACCAGCACCCCUACAACCUCAGCCUCUGGCACUCCGGCAUCCCUGACCAGCCAGGUCACGUCGGGGACUAAACUGGUCCUGGCCACCAAGCUGGGGACACCUGUCACAUUUCAGCAGAACAAGAACUUCCAUCAAUCUUUUGCUUCCUGGGUCAAGCAGGGCCAGGGUAGUCCAGCCUCCACUGGCUCAGGGGCCACCGUGGCCAACAGCAUUGUCACCACCUCUGGACAAACGUUCCAGAUCUCUGGCAGCCCGGUGACCAUGGCUGGCCAGGUCAUCACCGCCAAGCUACCCAUCCCGGCCAACAGCAAGAUUGUCACGGUCAACAUGCCAACCACACAAGGAGGUAUGGUGCAGGUCCAGCAGAAUGUCCUGGGCAUUAUUCCAUCCAGCACCCCAGGCAACCAGCGGACCUACUCCUCAUUCCAGAACCGCAACGCCACCAUCAACAUCAGACCCAACACCUCCACCUCAACCACUACUCAGCCGGUCAUCACCACUGGAGCCCAGAUUCGUCCGGGCAUGACGGUGAUCCGAUCGCCUCUACAGCAGGGCACCACCAUGGGCAAAACCAUCAUCAGAACCCCCUUGAUGAUGCAACAAGGUAUUCUACCAGCCAGCCAGCAGCAGGUGGUGACUCAGAUCAUCCGGGGCCAGCCUGUCUCCACAGCAGUUUCCAGUACCAGCCCUGUGCAGACCAGCGCAGGCCAGAGGGUGCUGGGUGCCGCCCCGUCCCCCCGUCCUGUCACCCCUGCCCCCGGGCAGUCCCCAUCACCAUCCACCCCCCAAGGCGGCCGACCACAGCAGGGCCAGGUCAAACUCACCCUGGCCCAGCUCACCCAGCUAACACAGGGGGCACAGGGAGGGAACCAGGGUCUCACAGUAGUGAUCCAGGGACAGGGCCAGACCACAGGCCAGCUGCAGGUCAUCCCCCAAGGGGUGACGGUCAUCCCAGGCCCUGGGCAGCAGCUCAUGCAGGCUGCCAUGCCCAACGGCCAGGUGCAGCGCUUCCUCUUCACCCCGGGGGCAUCAGCCCCUGCCCCCACCCCCGCCACCACGGCCAGCACUGCUGUCACCCCCGUCACAGCCACCACAACCACACCCUCAGUGCCAGCACUGUCUCAGCCUCAGGUUCAGACUCCCGCCACCUCUCAAGCACCGGCACCACCAGUCCAGCCUCCUCAACAGGCUAUCGCUCCAGUCCAGCCCCCUGCCCUCGCUCCUGCCCCCCCUCCAGUGUCCACACAUCAGACUCAACCCCCUCCGACUCAAAUCCACAUCCCCCUCCAGUCCCCCACUGCUUUACCCAUCCAGCAGAUAGCCCAGAUCCCAACCUCUCCACAACAGGUCCAUAUAAAGGCUGUCUCCGUCUCCCCCUCCGUCACCCAGGCCACAGUGAGGCCCAUCCAGGCCCAUGCUCAACUCCAGCCCCAGGCUCAGGCUCAGAUCAGGCCACAGCAGCAGCUGCAGCUCCACCACCAACCCCAGCUGAUCACGUUGCCGGGGCUGCAGCAGCAGGUCCAGGUGCUGGGUACCAUCCAGACCCACGUGGCGGCCCAGCUCCAGGCCCAGCAGGGUGGGGCGGUGCCCCAGCAGAUCAAGCUGCAGCUGCCUAUCCAGAUCCAGCAGGCAGGGGGCCAGGUGCAGGCCCACCAGAUCCAGAACGUGGUGACCAUCCAGACGGCCAGCGUGCAGGAGCAACUGCAGAGGAUCCAGCAGCUCAGAGAGCAGCAGCAGCAGAAGAAGAAGCAGCAGGAGGCCAAGAGGGAGCAGAGCCUGCAGGCCUCCAGCCCCAGCGACAUCAUCCAGAAACAGGUGGUGAUGAACCAGAAUGCUGUGAUAGAAAAUCUGAAACAGAGGAAGACCAUGACUCCAGCAGAGCGGGAGGAGAACCAGAGAAUGAUCGUCUGCAACCAGGUGAUGAAGUUCAUCCUGGACAAGAUCGACAAGGACGAGAAGCAGGCGGCUAAGAAGAGGAAGAAGGAGGAGUCUGUGGAGCAGAAACGCAGCAAGCAGAAUGCCUCCAAGCUCUCUGCGCUGCUCUUCAAGCACAAAGAGCAGCUCAAGGCUGAGAUCCUGAAGAAGAGGGCUCUACUGGACAAGGAGCUGCAGCUGGAGGUUCAGGAGGAGCUGAGGAGGGACAUCAGCAGGCUGAGGAAGGAGAAGGAGAAGGCCCAAGCUGCAGCCUCUCAGGCAGCCGCUGCUGCAGCUGCAGCCCAGGUAGCCUCCUCCCUCUCCCCUACCAUGGCCUCGCCCUCCUCCGCCCACAAACGCAAGAGGGACGACGAGAGGGACUCGUCCUCCGCCAAGCCCAAGAAGAAGAAGAUGAUAUCCACUACCUCAAAGGAUCACAAGAAGGAAGUCAAGCUGUACUGUGUCUGUAAAACGCCCUAUGACGAGGCCAAGUUCUACAUUGGGUGCGACCUGUGCUCCAACUGGUUCCACGGUGCGUGUGUGGGCAUCACGGAGAAGGAGGCCAAGAAGAUGGACGACUACGUUUGUAAUGGCUGCAAGCAGGGCCAGGACUCACAGGACUCAGAGGGCACAACGGAGGAGCUGUACUGCAUCUGCCGGACGCCAUACGACCAAACACAGUUUUACAUUGGCUGCGACCGUUGCCAGAACUGGUACCACGGGCGCUGUGUGGGCAUCCUGCAGAGCGAGGCCAACCACAUAGACGAAUACGUGUGCCCGCAGUGUCAGUCCACGGAGGACGCCAUGACAGUCCUCACACCGCUAACAGACAAGGACUACGAGGGGUUAAGAAGAAUCCUGCGCUCCUUACAGGCUCACAAAAUGGCGUGGCCGUUCCUUGAACCAGUAGAUCCCAACGAUGCUCCUGAUUAUUAUGGUGUUAUAAAGGAACCGAUGGACCUCUCCACAAUGGAAGACAGAUUACAGAAACGGUAUUACAACAAGCUCACCGAGUUUGUGGCAGAUAUGACCAAAGUCUUUGACAACUGCCGCUACUACAACCCCAAUGACUCACCCUUCUUUCAGUGUGCCGAAGUUCUGGAGGCAUUCUUUGUACAGAAGCUCAAAGGUUUCAAAGCUAGCAGAUUGUGAUGUCAUAAGUCUGACGUUAUAGCUGGAGUCUGAGCUGGAUGCAGGGGUCUCUAGUAGUGAAUCAUGGAACUUGCUGUUUCAUAAACAGCAGAAAUUCUGUGUGAUUAUUUAAGAUUAAAGAAAUAAACACACACACACACACAAGCGUUCUAUCAGUGAAACAAACCAUGCUUAAAAGUACAUUUGCAAGUAUAGAAGCCAAAUUCCAAAGAUGCCUUCAGUGACAAUCACAAAAUGGCAGCCAUGUUGACACUUACAAAUCAAGUUUUCAAGGGAUAUGCUUUUUCUCUAUUAUUUUGGUCAUUUCACCAUUUAAAAUCGUAUCAAUUAUCAGCAAGAUAACAUCAGUGUCAGGGAAGCUUUUUUUAGAAAUGUGUAAAUAAGCUUCACUCAGAAAUUCAUUUUUUUUUUUGUAGUUAGUUAUUAAACUGAUUAAGUUCUGUUGGAGAGGGAGAUAUAACAUUUAAAAAAUGGGGACCACAUAUGUAAAGCUGUAUAUUUUAUUAUGAUAUAUUUAGCAAAUUAAGUUCCUUUCUUCCUCAUGGCCUUCUUUCAGCUGAUUUAAAUAUCAUGCAUUUGUAAUGAAUGGGCAUGUUUUUAAUAUAGUGCACAGUUUUUGUAGGUAAUUUCUAGCUUAACUACUGGUUGAUUGUUAUUAUUUGGAUGUUCUAAAUCAUUUCAUGAUUUAAAAAAUAAGAUAAAUAUUGUAUGGUUUUUAAUCCUUUUGUGAAGGAUUAUUUUAUGGUUAAAACAAAGAGAGCCUAUGGUCAGAGGAAUUUAUAUACACUUAAAAUAAUAAAAUGUCACAGCUUAACUAUAUUAGACCCAAUGCCUUACUGCAUAAAGGUACCUCAGGAUUUAGAUCUGAAGCACCAUUUCAUUGACCUAAGGCAUUCCCAAUGAUUUACACCAACAUGGCUGCGCUAUCUCCUUCCUGACCCCAUGGCAUCCAUUUUUUGUAUCACUGUUUUGUUGUUUGUUUUUGUUCAUGUCAGUAUGUUUAAACUAUUCAUUAAACAUGUAAAAGGUUCUCAACUGUUCCCCUUUUCCACAUUCUAUAGGUCUCAUAACAACAAACUACAGACUUCGACCUCUUAGAAUAUACCAUAUUUUUUAUUUUUUAUGCACUCAGCGAGAAUUGGGUUAAAUUCUGAACAAUAAAUCCAUGUUGGGACCUGGCUCCUGUGCUUUGGGACGUCCACCCCUCUCCCUCCUUCUGGCCCCAUUCUACGCAGCCCCCAAAGGAAGACUCUCCCUGUAAGACCAGCAGCGCUGCUCCCACAGAACUGUCAGGUGGAGCUGCUGCCUGCCCACCUCUGCCACAUGGACAUUGGACAAGGGGUUAAAGUGGAGGGUUUUAAUAAAGGCAUUUCUGAAGAAGGUUACCUCAAAGAAGAUACUUUCCUUGUUCUUUCUUCUUGAUUUGAUUUAAUUAUUUAUUUCCCCUCUAGCCUGUUGAAGAAAUUAAGAAAAGAUCAUACGCUUCCAUGGCCAUGCCCAUAAAAAUAAAAAAAACAUCUAUGAUGCCUGUUUGAACAUUGAGAAAUGUUGAGCUGAGUUGCACUCAGCAUGACAGAUUGCACAGUGACACUUCUGUGUGUUUCUCCCCUUUCAAUCACUUUAUUAGAGGUGGUGUGAAAGAUGCAUCUCAUUGGGAAGGACUUGCUUGAGUUUGGACCUACUAGCUUUCUGGACACCAACAGUUUGAGUUUGUCAAGCUAUGCUGAAAGGAAUAAAGUAGUUGGUAUUAAUUGCCCAGCAGUAAUGACACACUGCAAAGGAUAAAAACACAAUAUGUAUUUGAAGGUAUCCUGCCCUGUUUGUAAAACUUUUUUUGUAUUACAGCUGAAGAGAUAUUGAUGUAUAUGAACCAUAAUAAAUGGAGAAGACCUGGCUCUCUUCCACUA